UGAGCUAGAAUCCAUAUGAGUCCGAGUCCGAGUACGAGUCGCUACCCACAAGCACGGUAAAGCUCCCUCUUCAAUCCUCAGUCUCCCACUCCCCUGCCACUUCCACCUCUACCUUAUCCACUUUGAAGCAUCGAAGAGUAAAGAGAGAAAUUCAGCGAAAAAAAGGAGGGGCGCGAGAGAAGAACCCUCGAAUGGCGAUACCCUAUGCUUCAUCUUCGAUCAUGUACGUGUCUCAAUCUCCGAAACCCUUUUCUACCUCUGUGAAGAAGUCUCCAUUUCUUGGACUCCCGGUGGCAGCCUCAUCAAACCCGUCCAUUCUACCCAGACCCGUUAUCACUGCCAAUCGGACGUUUCAGAUUCGUUGCCAAGACAAAGUUGUUGUCUCUCUUGAACAGCGCUGGAUGUUCGAAGAAUCUGAGUUCGAAGGACCUGAUAUUUGGAACAAUACAUGGUACCCUAAAGCUGCAGAUCAUGUCAACACUGACAAAACAUGGUAUGUUGUUGAUGCUACUGAUAAAAUUCUUGGAAGACUAGCCUCAACAAUAGCAAUUCACAUCCGUGGGAAAAAUCUUGCAACAUAUACUCCUAGUGUGGACAUGGGGGCCUUUGUAAUUGUGGUCAAUGCUGAAAAAGUUGCUGUUUCUGGUAAGAAGAGGACACAAAAACUGUAUAGGAGGCAUUCAGGGAGACCAGGUGGAAUGAAAGUGGAAACCUUUGAUCAGCUUCAACAGAGGAUUCCUGAAAGAAUUGUUGAGCAUGCUGUUCGUGGCAUGCUUCCAAAAGGAAGGCUUGGAAGAGCACUAUUCAACCACCUUAAGGUAUAUAAGGGACCAGACCACCCGCAUGAGGCACAGCAGCCAAUUGAGUUGCCCAUAAGGGACAAGAGGAUACAGAAGCAAACGUAGGUAUAAGCAAAUUCCCUCUGGAAGAUCAGAAAGCAGCCGUUUCUUUUCCCCCAGGAGUUUAUAUCUUCUCAUGUUUCACUUCAGUUCUCAUUUCAUUAUUUGGCUUUGCUGUUGUGCCUGAUAGCCUGUGCACUAAUUUUCCCUUUGUUAGAGGCAUUUGGCUGCAAUCUUGUUUGUGUUCAUCUGAGCCCCAGCCUUAAAAGCAAAUGGCAUAUUCAUUUUGUAGGUCUUAUGUAUGCAGUGGAUACUUCCCUCAGCAAUGUAUCUUGAAAUACGCCUCUGAAUUAUUUGGAAUUGGCUGAUGUUUCAAGAGAUGUUUUCUGUUAAACCACAAGUUAUUGUAUCGUUCCUUACCAUCCCUGUGCUUUUGAUAGUCGUCAAUCAACGUGGCUGCA